AUGACCUUGAACUGCAUGUCAUUUGGCGGAGACCUCGGGAAAAGUGCACCGCCGGACGACCUGGGUGCCAGCAGCGAACAGCGCAAACUUACCUUCACCAGUCGACACUGCGCUCAGCGUGCCCCGUUUUGGUGUCGACUGCGGUGGCGGCAACUGCCUGAGCACUUCAGGCCAGAUGUGCUCUUCUGCGAGCUCAUUUGGGGGAUUAAGGCAUUCAAAAUACGAGGUCGAUUCCUGAGAUGCGAGGGGCGCCCACGACCCGUCCCCCACCCCGACCGCCUUCAGGCCAUGCCGCGUGUGCGGCGGAUGCACGCAGUCAGCGGCGGUGGUGGCGGCGGCGUGAUCACCUCCUCCCCCCCCUAA